AGCAAAUAGAAGGCUGCAGUCGAGGCACACAGGCAGGCACUCCUCUCCAGAAGGCUGAGUGAGAGAAAUGCUCAGUCAACUGACAGUCACAGCCCAGCUAGACAGCCAGGAAGACAGGGCCUUCUCUCACAGCACUAACAGACCAGCAGCGGGGCCUCUGAAGCCAACUCCCCCCCUUCAGGAAAUGACUGCUCCUGGACACAGACUGAUCCUCAGCCUCUCUAGCCAGCUGUAAGGAGCAGCGAAUGGACAGAACCACUGGCAUAUCCUCCUGCUAUCCUCUCCACACUCCCACCACGAGCUGCUCCAUACCCCCAGAAGAGGAUUCAUGCUGUGUUGACAUAGGCUAUAGGUGGUUGGUCGUGUUUGAGCUGCUGUUGGUUGGUUUCUCUGUGUGGUGGUGAGUUGAGGUGUGUUUAGUGCCAUGAUGAUGCUGCGUCUUGUUGUGACGAGCUUGGUGUGUUUACUACUGGGCUCCGGAUGGGCCCAGGCCCAGGCUCAGGCCCAGGCUGUGGGGCAGGAUGGCGCUGCCACCCCCUGGAGACAAACAAUCCAGUGGGAGAACAACGGCCGGAGGUUCAGCCUCCUCAACAGUGGAGCUGAGUACGUCCCCGCAGGAGCACAGGACCAGGAGAGAAGUCACAGAGUGGUGGUGGCUGACUCUCGCCCCCGAACCCCCCGCAGACCACAGGGAGGUAACGUACGCAGGCAGGCCCCCUCCAGGGGAGGCUCGGAGACAGUGAGAGGACAGGCCAGACAUCCAUUUGGCUUCGGACAGGUGCCCGACAACUGGCGCCAGGGCUCAGUGGGGACAGGCUCCACCAACCCCCGCUUCAGGCCAUCCACUGGGUCCUCUUCAUCAUCCUCAUCAUCCUUCUCAUCUUCCUACAACGUCCCUGUCCAACCCUACCCACAAUACCCCUUCCCUCAGCAGCCCUACCCUCUGCCCUAUGAUCCCAGUGUGGUGGAGGGAGCAGGUCGGGGCUACGCAGAGCCACCCUUCCAGAGGUCCACAGGUGGAGGCUAUGGUGCUGGUGGUGGAGGAUAUGUUGGUGUUGGUGGAGGAUACACUGGAGUCGGGUAUGGAACUGGUGCUGGUCUGGCACCUGUGGUUCCACGCUCCCCGCAGGACUAUGGUGAGGAUGGCUACCGUUACUACCAUUCCUAUGGCUACGGGCCCAACCCUGUCGUGCCUGCCGUGCCUGCCGUGCCAGCACGGGCUGCCCAGCCUCCCUUCUCAGAUGGCCUGGACCGCAGAUACACACACAGCCUCUACAAUGGAGGAGAGGAUCCUGCUGCUGCCGCUGCCGGCACAGUGCCCGCUGCCCCGGACAGGACAGUGGCUGGCGCUCAGCCUCCAGUACGAAGCCCCCAGUACGAGCAGUUCCCCCCGUUCGGUAGGCCCCAGGUGCAGCAACAGCCUCCCUUCCUCCAACCUGUGGUGCCAGGAAGAAACCCCAACACGGCCGUGGAGAACCCCAGCGUCAACGUCGGGAGUGUCUACCGGCCGGAACAGAGAGGUAUGCGCAAUGAACAUGCACAAAGUCAUUUAGUUCAUAUUAUGUCUUAUAACAAAGCCAGCUCUUUGUCCACUGUCCUACCAAAUGUUUUAAAUCAUUAGAAUGUAUUUUGUUUUGAGAGUAUGAAAGUUGAUCUGUAUGUGGUCCUAAAGAAACUGGAGAGAUUUGUCAUCUUCUAUUAAGUCAACUUUCUAGUCUGUUUGAUGUGAGCAGUACAAGACAGUCAUGCAAACCACAAAGGAACCACCAGAUCCUAAUAGUAGUGCACAUGUGAAGUGGAUGAUGCACUUGUGGGGUCACAUCCAAGCUUUCCCUCAGUUGAAGGAGAGGAAACAAGAAGGGAAUGUAGCUCCUCUCCUCUGCUAUUUCCUGACAGCAGUGGACAGUGUGAGCCCAGGGGGAGCAAAACCCUCACCACCCUCACCACCUGGCUACCCAGCUAUGUGCCUCUACAGCUGGAGAAGUACAACACUGUUUUCUAGAGUUUUUUCAUUUCACCUCUCUCAAGCCCAGAACACAGUACAUGGAAAUCCCUAUAAAUAACCAGAAUAGCAUUGUUAUUUACUGGCUCAAGUUUUGCCAAUUCUAAUUUGCCAAACAAAAGCAAACUGUACUGUAGGACGGUUCAUCUUUUCCCACUCACUCAGAGGGGAUAUUGAAACCAGGUGUUGAGAAAGGCCUGCCAAUGUGGUGAGCGCACACACAGGGCUCACUGUGUCAUAGCGUGGGGAGUAAUAGUCUGCUGAAAAUGGAUUGGCUCUUGGGGAGGCCUGGGUGAGUGAGUGUGUGUGAGUGAGUGAGUGAGUGAGUGAGUGAGUGAGUGAGUGAGUGAGUGAGUGAGUGAGUGAGUGGAGUGAGUGAGGUGAGUGAUUGAGAGAGAGAGAGAGAGUAGAGAGAGACAUGAGAGAGACGCUACAUCCGCGAGGCGGAGAGAGGCGAGGCGCUGCUCGCGCGCGAACUACCGCGCUCUCCGCCGCUCGAUCGAGCGCGCGCGCGAUCGUCGCGCACAGAAGAGAGAGAGAGAGAGAUAGCGCGAGAGAGCAGUAGAGAGUAGACGCGAGAGAGAGAUGGGUCCAUUGCCUCAGGAAAUCAACAAAUAUUUAGUAUGAGCUGGGGUGAAGAGGGAGGGAGGGAGGAUCAAUGAGUUGCUCUUAGACAUGCAGCAGUCCAGCCAAAUGGCCCAGGACUCGUUUCGUAAUUCAAAACACACUAUUUCUUGAAAACCCAGGGUAAUUGAUAGACUCUGUUCUGAGAGCCAAUCGCAGGGCUGGGGGUAGGGAGUAGGGUGAGGGUAGGGGGUGGACACCGAUAUUAUUAUUGAACCCAAGUUAGCAAUGUGGAACACAUUUAUUUAGAGUAACUAAGCCGUGUGGCAAAAAGUGACGCAAUCACCAACACGUGUGUGGGAGUUUUCUCUGUUCCAGCCGCUAGGAGCCUCCAUGGCCUAAAGGGUGGGACAUCAGAUGGGAUCCUCUCCUCUGGUUGGGAGCAUGGAAGAUUGACUUACACAUAUCUAUAUUCCUCUGCCUGGCCUGGGUGUGCAUAUUAUUAUAUAUGUUUUGUAUUUUACCUCUUUUAUCCCCCCAAUUUCGAUCUUGUCUAAUCGCUGCAACUCCCCAACGGGCUCAGGAGGCGAAGGUUGAGUCAGGAGUCCUCCGAAACAUAACCCGCCAAACCGCGCUUCUUAACACCCGCCUGGUUAACCCAGAAGCCAGCCGCACCAACGUGUCGGAGGAAACACUGUUCAACUGACGACCAAGGUCAGCCUGCUGGUGCCCAGCCCGCCAUAAGGAGUCGCUAGAGCGUGAUGAGCCAAGUAAAGCCCCCCCGGCCAAACCCUCCCCUAACCCAGACAACGCUGGGCCAAUUGUGUGCCACCCUAUGGGACUCCCAAUUACGGCCGGUUGUGAUACAGCCUGGGAUCGAAUCCGGGUCUGUAGUGCCACCUCUAGCACUGCGAUACAGUGCCUUACACCGCUGUGAAAACUCUGGAGGCCCCGCAACAGGCUCUUUAAUGUGCCAUGUGAUUCAGUUCCUUAACUCAGUCUCACUCAUUAAGACACUGGAAUGUGGAAGCAUUCUUCUCUGUCCUAGACGCAGCCAACCUGUGCAGAUGCCUCAGCUUUCUCACACUCCAUUUAAUCAAUGUGAUAGAAGUUCUUCCAAUGUGAUGACAGUCAAUAGAAGCAAAGGCAGGCUGCAAGGGAUUCCAAUUUAACUGACCGGUUCGCUUUGUUGCCACUCAAAUGAAUACAAGGACUCAAAUCAAAGACAGAUUAGAUACAGAAGUAUUGAGGGUCACAUUUUAUUUGGAUAGUCUGGCUAGUCCAUCUGUAGAUGCUCUACAGAUGGUCAUACUAUCAACAAACUAUCUGUUGAUAAACAACUGCUUGCUCAGGUUACGGUUAGGGUUAGGUUUAGAAUAAGGGUUAGGGUAAGGUUUAAGUUUAGGGUUAGGAUAAGGGUUAAGUUUAGGAUUGGCGCUAGGGUUAGUAGAUAGUCAGUUGAAAUGUUACUGAUAGUCUGUAGAUAGUAUGUAGAGCAUCUACAGAUGGACUAUCCAAAUAACUCCACUGGGCACAGACAUCAGUUCAAUGUCUAGUUUUGAUUUAUAUUUGGUUGAGUUGUCAACUAACUUGAAACAACGUUGAUUCAACAAGUUUUUGCCCAGUGAGAAAUGUUACUGUAUUGAGUUGUCAAUAGAGAUAAGUAGUAACUUGUCUUGUUUAUUGCCAAAUGGCCUUAAUGGGAACAACAUAAAAUGAGGAUGUGGAAAGAGCCUAAGAGGUGUGUUGCAAUAGGCUAGGACUUGUCUUGUUCACAUAGUGAUGUGACUGCAACCUUUAUUUCUAUUUCAGAUUUACCCCAAUAUUUGUAUUGCACUCUAUUCUCUCACCACUCUUAAGCUCUCACAUACUCUCACAUGCACCCACUAUAAUGAAAGAGCUGUUCUCAAAAAGAAAUGCCAUGCCAUUGACUUAGUAAAAGGGAUGUGUUUGCAUGUUGUGUAUUGUACACUGUCAGGGAAAUACAUUGCUAAAGAACUGGCAAAAUCCAACAUCUUUUCUCUAGUGCCCCAUUUAGAAUAUGAUAUGUACAGCCUUGUCAAAUGCUUUCGAUGGCUGAUCAGCUUUUGGUUCAGACACACUUUAUCCCUCUGAAAAAUACCCACUUUCCAGUUUCCGGAGAUUAGGGGGCCAGAGAACAAAGGCUUUGCUGAAAGAAGAGGGAGAAGAGUCCACUGCUGGAUGGAAAACCUCUGCGUUUCACACAGGCCUUACAGUGUUUACAUGGUCUGCCCCAGGAAGCUUCACGUGGCCUGUAAGUCUGCUUCAGACAGAGAUGACAAAUAUGAUGUGUACACAGUGCUGGGAAAGACAGAACCCUCACUUGAACCUGUGUCUAAACUGGGGAAGGCUCACCUGGACGUUAAACAGGCAGAGGAGAUAGGAAGCUUUCUCUGUAGAAUUCCUAUAAACAAACUGUAUCCAAGGCCUGUUAUAAACAACAGUGAAGCAACAGCGAUGAUAGAGUGGGAAUAGAAAAGCACAACACUAAAUAUCAUAUCAACAUAUGCCUUCAGUUGUUUUACUGUUUUGUCAAUUUUACUGUUAUCAAAAUGAAGCAGAUGGUAUUUUUUUGUAAUGGUACCAGAGGUCAAAACUUGGGUUUGACUUUAUGUUGCUCCAACUGGUUCACAUUUAAGUGAAUGUCUGGCCUUUGAGGUUGAGGUAAAGGGGGAGGGAAGGGGGGUGGUGAUAAGGUAUCCCAGUGACCCUUUCUGGCAUGCCCUUUACUGGAAAUGGGACAGACAUUAGCUCUGACAACUCAGGCCUGCUUUUAUAUUUAUUCUUCUGUUUCUCUGACCGAGUCGGUCACUGGCCCAGUUUAGGAACAGCAGGGUGUGAGAUCAUUGUUGUUUUACCUUGGCGUGCUGCUCUCUCUCUCUCUCUUUCCCUCCAUCUCUCUCAUUUUCUUGCAUAAACGUGAAAGUUCUUUCCAUUUUUGAUUACUAGUAAAAACUUUGGAUACUGUAGCAGAAGAGAAUUGUAAGUCUAGUAUUCUGGUGAAGUUGUUUUUCUAAUGCUUAGCAUUAUCCUCUCCAGAUAUGAAUAGUCUGAAUGUAUUUUUCAUGCCAAAGGUUAAUAUGCAAUGACAGGUUCAUAUUAGGAUUAGUGUCAUGAAACAUCACAUCAUAUUAGGAGGAACAGCAUCUUAGCAUAAUUAUCUCCCUGUGUGUACCAACCAUGUUUUCACUUUCACAUUCAGGUCGAGGGAAUAAUUUUUUAAAGAAUGAAUGACUCAUUCAUGUAUACUCCAUUUUAUGUUUCUUGGCAUGAUUAGCUUUUUUCUGUACACUAAGAUCAGAAUCUAACCAUCAUAAUAGUUCCCUUAUAAAUAAAUAAAUAAUAUGCCAUUUAGCAGACACUUUUAUCCAAAGCGACUUACAGUCAUGCGUGCAUACAUUUUUUUUUUGUGUAUUGGUGGUCCCGGGGAUCGAACCCACUACCUUGGCGUUACAAGCGCCGUGCUCUACCAGCUGAGCUACAGAGGACCACAUAGUCACUUUAAUAACUCUACCUACAUGUUCAUAUUACCUCAAUGACCUCGACUAACCGGUGCCCCCGCACAUUGACUCUGUGCCGGUACCCCCUGUAUAUAGGAGGGACUACUAAUCCUGCUGAGAUUAUCAUCUGGAAUGUACUGUAAUUAGAGAUUCUUGACUGCUGACCACAGGACCCUUAUUUCCCACUUAUCUGAAUGUGUCACCAUAUGUAACUUGUGGUCAUAACGCUACACUGAAUCUUUGGUCCCGCUUGAAAUGAUAUUCAGCUUCUAAAGGCUUCAUAAAGCCUUCAUAACUUCAUAAGCACUACAUAAAUGUGUUACAAAGCCUCUAUAACUGUAUGUCAUGCUUUCUAAAGAGUGUCAUAACUGUGUGACAUAAUCACCAAUGUCAACUGUGACAUAACCCACUAUGUCGAAUAUGAUAUAAUCAUGCUUUAUAAAGGGUGACAUGUUGUGCUGAAGGAUGGCAUACGCUCUAAAGUGAUGUCAUAUUACUCACAUUACACCUAAUCUCAUUCCCAGACACUUCCGCCCAAAUGCGCAGGUGGACCAACGCAAACUAGGCCUUCAUUAGUUAGGGUUAGGUUUAAAAUCAAACGACGUUACACCAAGAAACACGUACCUUGAUGAAAGCCCCCAACCUAAAGAAAUUGAAAGUGUCUUUCUGACGCUGUACUUACUAUAAAGUCAGACCCAUUUGGUCAUUCAUAACACAUACAUAAAAGUUUAAUGAUGUAAACACUAAGGCUGUUACAGCUACACCAGUGGUCACGAGUCAAAUCAAAUCGAAUCAAAUUGUAUUUGUCACAUGCGCCGAAUGCAACAGGUGUAGACCUUACAGUGAAAUGCUUACUUACAAGGCCUUAACCAACAAUGCAGUUUUAAGAAAGACAUAAAAAUUAAAAAAAUUAAAGCGCAGCAGUAAAAUAACAAUAGUAAAAUAACAAUAGCGAGGCUAUAUACAGGGGGUACCGGCACAGAGUCAAUGUGCGGGGGCACCGGUUAGUCGAGGUCAUUGAGGUAAUAUGUACAUGUAGGUAGAGUUAUUAAAGUGACUAUGUAUAGAUAAUAAACAGAUAGUAGCAGCAGCAUAAAAGGGGGGGUUUGAUGGCCUCUAUUAAAAAGAGGAGGAUCCCAUCAGCUUUCUAUAGGCUAACCCUACUAUAUUUACUUCUCAACUUUCCUAAUAUUAAGCACAUUGCUUCUCUUUACAACAGGAAUAUAGCCUACCUGGCUGGACGCGAAAAUAACAAGAUAACUAAUGUAAAAUAUACUGUGUCCGUAAAAUGUAUAUACAGUUGAAGUCGGAAGUUUACAUACACCUAGGUUGGAGUCAUUAAAAGUUGUUUUUGAACCACUCCACAAAUUUCUUGUUAACAAACUAUAGUUUUUGCAAGUCGGUUAGGACAUCUACUUUGUGCAUGACACAAGUAAUUUUUCCAACAAUUGUUUACAGACAGAUUAUUUCACUUAUAAUUCAAUGUAUCACAAUUCCAGUGGAUCAGAAGUUUACAUACACUAAGUUGACUGUGCCUUUCAACAGCUUGGAAAAUUCAAGAAAAGCUUCUGAUAGGCUAAUUGACAUCAUUUGAGUCAAUUGGAGGUGUACCUGUGGAUGUAUUUCAAGGCCUACCGUCAAACUCAGUGCCUCUUUGUUUGACGUCAUGGGAAAAUCAAAAGAAAUCAGCCAAGACCUCAGAAGAAAAUUGUAGACCUCUACAAGUCUGGUUCAUCCUUGGGAGCAAAUUCCAAACACCUGAAGGUACCACGUUCAUCUGUACAAACAAUAGUAUGCAAGUAUAAACACCAUGGGACCACGCAACCGUUAUACCGCUCAGGAAGGAGACACGUUCUGUCUCCUAGAGAUGAACGUACUUUGGUGCGAAAAGUGCAAAUCAAUCCCAGAACAACAUCAAAGGACCUUGUGAAGAUGCUGGAAGAAACAGGUACAAAAGUAUCUAUAUCCACAGUAAAACUAGUCCUAUAUCGACAUAACCUGAAAGGCCACUCAGCAAGGAAGAAGCCACUGCUCCAAAACCGCCAUAAAAAAGCCAGACUACGGUUUGCAACUGCACAUGGGGACAAAGAUCGUACUUUUUGGAGAAAUGUCCUCUGGCCUGAUGAAACAAAAAUAGAACUGACGGAAAAAGGGGGCUGCUUGCAAGCCAAAGAACACCAUCCCAACGGUGAAGCACGGGGGUGGCAGCAUCAUGCUGGGGGGUGCUGCAGGAGGGCCUGGUGCACUAAACAAAAUAGAUGGCAUCAUGAGGAAGGACAAUUAUGUGGAUAUAUUGAAGCAACAUCUCAAGACAUCAGUCAGGAUGUUAAAGCUUGGUCGCAAAUGGGUCUUCCAAAUGGACAAUGACCCCAAGCAUACCUCCAAAGUUGUGUCAAAAUGGCUUAAGGACAACAAAGUCAAGGGAUUGGAGAGGCCAUCACAAAGCCCUGACCUCCAUCCUAUAGAAAAUGUGUGGGCAGAACUGAAAAAGCGUGUGCGAACAAGGAGGCCUACAAACCUGACUCAGGUACACCAGCUCUGUCAGGAGGAAUGGGCCAAAAUUCACCCAACUUAUUGUGGGAAGCUUCUGGAAGGCUACUCCCCAUCCAACCUGACAGAGCUUGAGAGGAUCUGCAGAGAAGAAUGGGAGAAACUCCCCAAAUACAGGCGUGCCAAGCUUGUAGCGUCAUAUCCAAGAAGACUAGAGGCUGUAAUCGCUGCUAAAGGUGCUUCAACAAAGUACUGAGUAAAGGGUCUGAAUACUUAUGGUAAAUGUGAUAUUUCAGUUUUUUUUUUUUUAUACAUUUGCAAACAUUUCUAUAAACCUGUUUUGGCUUUGCAUUAUGGGGUAUUGUGUGUAGAUUGAUGAGGGAAAAAAACAAUUUUAUCAAUUUUAGAAUAUGGCUCUAACGUAACAAAAUGUGGAAAAGGUCAAGGGGUCUGAUUACUUUCCGAAUGCACUGUAUGUAGCAUCAUUGACCUAAACACAUACAUUUACAUUUUAGUCAUUUAGCAGUCGCUCUUAUCCAGAGCGCCUUACAGUUAGUGAGUGCAUACAUUUUAUAUAUAUGUAUUUUUUUUUUCAUACUGGCCCCCCGUGGGAAUCGAACCCACAACCCUGGCAUUGCAAACGCCAUGCUCUACAAACAUCCCUGCUGGCCAUUCCCUCCCCUACCCUGGACCAAUUGUGCGCCGCCCCAUGGGUCUCCCGGUCGCGGCCGGCUACGACAGAGCCUGGAUUCGAACCAGGAUCUCUAGUGGCACAGCUAGCACUGCGAUGCAGUGCCUUAGACCACUGCGCCACUCGGGAGACUAGAACCUACAACCAUGUCCUCUCUGGUGCUGAAUCACUUUCCUGUUUUAGUGAAAUAAUAUAUAACAUUUAGCAGACGCUUUUAUCCAAAGUGACUUACAGUCAUGCGUGAAUAAAUGUUUACAUAUGGGUGGUCCUGGGAAUCAACCCCAAUAUCCUGGCAUUGCAAUGCUCUAAAUGCUUUGUGACACCUCAAUUUAAUAUGAUUUAUAAGGCCUUUAUUAAGCAGUGCUUAUGCCACCCUUUAUAAAGCACAGGUUUAUGUCAUAUUUGACAUAGUGGGUUAUGUCACAUUUGACAUUGGUGGUUAUGUCACACAGUUAUGCCACAUUUAUGAACCCUUUAUAAAGCAUGACAUAUGGUUAUAGGCGAUUUGUAACACAUUUAUGUAGUGUUUAUGAAGGCUUUAUGAGCUGCAUGUCAUUUAAAGCGGGAACAAAUCUUCUACUGCAUCUGUAUCAAAGUCCUUAGAAUAACCCAAUGCAGGGGAAUUAAAUAUAGCUGAUAAACAGGUGUAAAGCUGUGCUGUUUUAUUUGAGGAAUGACCUCACUGGAAGCAGACCUGUAAAAGUUGACAUUAGCAUCAAGGUACUGGUACUAACAUGAUUUAAUAAUUUGCUGUUGAAGGAUACUAUGUGUUGAGCCAAGUGUAUUGUUCUAGGUUUGCCAGACCUGGUUCCUGAUCCCAACUAUGUGCAGGCCUCCACGUAUAUCCAGAGGGCUCACAUGUACUCUCUCCGCUGUGCUGCCGAGGAGAAAUGCUUGGCAAGGUAAGAUACCAUUUUUUACUUUUUAAAUGUUUUAGUAAGUGUCUGUAUUUGCUUUGAAUGAGGAUAACAUACAAUAAUGUUGUUAGUAGCCACUCUGCACACUUUAAUGGCAUGAAAGAUUAUCACCAGUUUUUGUAAGCCAGUAUAUACAUUCUGAUGAACAAUCAGUCUCCUCCAGUUAGAACAGAUUGAAAGAUUCCAUGUAUCGGGUAAUAUUUGCAUUUAAUGUCUCAGAUGCUGAUCUUUCCCAUUAUUGCCUGUUUUAGCUACCUGUUUAGUAAAGUUACUCCUUAUCUAAGCUGCAGUAUUUAAAGUUUGGAACCCAGUUCACAGUACAACAUCAAUAACCUGAAAUCUGGUCACCUAGGCCUGUCACUAAGGCUGCAUUUACACAAUUCGGAUAUUUUGCCACUAAUUGGUCUUUUGACCAAUCAGAUCAUAUCUUUUGCCAAUAAUUGGGCGAAAGAUCAGAUUUGGGCUGCCUGUGUAAACGCAGCCUAAGGCUCGUCUAUCUAACCUGGCCUGUGAGUAAAUGGUUCUCUGAAUGGUUGAGUCUGCAGCCGCAGUACACAUAAUGGGCCUCUGACUUUGGCCCCAGGGUUAGAUGGGUACAGUACAAUUUGCCAGGCAGCAGACAGACAGACAGAGCAUUUAAAUGAUGGCGAUGAACUUUGUUGUUCGACUGGCUCUCCUGUUUGCCCUCCUUUCCAUCUCAAGCACAGUCAUUCCUCGUAGCCCUCUCAUAUCCUGUCUGUGUUAUCAGCAAUCAUGGACAGAUGACCUUGUAUAAUGUGCUAUACACUCCAAUGUCAACAACAGCCAUAAGAUGAAUUUCAAAGAUUUUUACUGAUACUUUGGAGUGCAGGUUAUUAUAAAAACAAUUCUAAAAGGUGUGUUCAUGUUGGACCUCGCUACACAAACAACAAAAUCCAGAAAAACACAUGUCAAAAAUGUUAUAAAUUGAUUUGCAUUUUAAUGAGGGAAAUAAGUAUUUGACCCCCUCUCAAUUAGAAAGAUUUCUGGCUCCCAGGUGUCUUUUAUACAGGUAACGAGCUGAGAUUAGGAGCACACUCUUAAAGGGAGUGCUCCUAAUCUCAGCUUGUUACCUGUAUAAAAGACACCUGUCCACAGAAGCAAUCAAUCAAUCAGAUUCCAAACUCUCCACCAUGGCCAAGACCAAAGAGCUCUCCAAUGAUGUCAGGGACAAGAUUGUAGACCUACACAAGGCUGGAAUGGGCUACAAGACCAUCGCCAAGCAGCUUGGUGAGAAGGUGACAACAGUUGGUGCAAUUAUUCGCAAAUAGAAGAAACACAAAAUACCUGUCAAUCUCCCUCGGCCUGGGGCUCCAUGCAAGAUCUCACCUCGUGGAGUUGCAAUGAUCAUGAGAACGGUGAGGAAUCAGCCCAGAACUACACGGGAGGAUCUUGUCAAUGAUCUCAAGGCAGCUGGGACCAUAGUCACCAAGAAAACAAUUGGUAACACACUACGCCGUGAAGGACUGAAAUCCUGCAUCGCCCGCAAGGUCCCCCUGCUCAAGAAAGCACAUAUACAGGCCCGUCUGAAGUUUGCCAAUGAACAUCUGAAUGAUUCAGAGGAGAACUGGGUGAAAGUGUUGUGGUCAGAUGAGACCAAAAUCGAGCUCUUUGGCAUCAACUCAACUCGCGUGUUUGGAGGAGGAGGAAUGCUGCCUAUGACCGUAAGAACACCAUACCCACCAUCAAACAUGGAGGUGGAAACAUUAUGCUUUGGGGGUGUUUUUCUGCUAAGGGGACAGGACAACUUCACCGCAUCAAAGGGACGAUGGACGGGGCCGUGUACCGUCAAAUCUUGGGUAAGAACCUCCUUCCCUCAGCCAGGGCAUUGAAAAUGGGUCGUGGAUGGGUAUUCCAGCAUGACAAUGACCCAAAACACAUGGCCAAGGCAACAAAGGAGUGGCUCAAGAAGAAGCACAUUAAGGUCCUGGAGUGGCCUAGCCAGUCUCCAGACCUUAAUCCCAUAGAAAAUCUGUGGAGGGAGCUGAAGGUUCGAGUUGCCAAACGUCAGCCUCGAAACCUUAAUGACUUGGAGAAGAUCUGCAAAGAGGAGUGGGACGAAAUCCCUCCUGAGAUGUGUGCAAACCUGGUGGCCAACUACAAGAAACGUCUGACCUCUGUGAUUUCCAACAAGGGUUUUGCCUACCAAGUACUAAGUCAUGUUUUGCAGAGGGGUCAAAUACUUAUUUCCCUCAUUAAAAUGCAAAUCAAUUUAUAACAUUUUUGACAUGCGUUUUUCUGGAUUUUUUUGUUGUUAUUCUGUCUCUCACUGUUCAAAUAAACCUACCAUUAAAAUUAUAGACUGAUCAUGUCUUUGUCAGUGGGCAAACAUACAAAAUCAGCAGGAGAUCAAAUACUUUUUUCCCUCACUGUAUGCCUGUCCACUACAAAGCUUUCCUUGCUACAAGACUGAAAACAUGUGCAGCAGGCUAUGUAGAUUAAUCACAGUAAUCUGUAGUGUGAAUUAUUUAUUUAACAUAUUCCUUCCCUCCAGCUCAAUUCUGUCUAUUUGCAGGAACACAUUGUGAGCCUGAGGUAUCAGAAACUCACCGGGACAACCCAUGGGAGACUAGUUCUCUGUAGCCAUCUGUACUUUCCUUCACUCAUUGCUAUUCCAUACUUUGUUUUUGUCUCCCCACAGCACUGCCUAUAGCGCUGACACUACAGACUAUGACGUUAGAGUCCUGCUUCGCUUCCCACAGAGGGUUAAGAACCAGGGGACAGCUGACUUCAUGCCCAACCGACCCCGACACACCUGGGAGUGGCACAGCUGCCAUCAGUGAGUAACCAGUCUCCCCAAACCCAUAUGCUAUUGGGUUAUUAUACUCAUCUUUGCUAUGCUAAAAACUGUAACAUCCUUGCUCUACAGGGUUAGUCAGAUUUGCUGUUUCAUGUGGCUGUUUAGCUCAUUCGUUUUCUAUUAGUUUCGUUAGCUGAGGUCAGUGCGUUCACAUUUGCUCUUUUUGGUGAUAUCAUGACUUUACUUAAUACAUUAUGUCAUGACAUCAAUGAUAUGUUUGGACACCCUCUGCCCUGCCCUUUCUCUAUGACCUUGCGUUCCACAACGACUUCAUUGGUCACAGUAUGUCUGGGUUCCUUGGGUUUGUGCAACAAGUCUCAGGCUGUACUUACUGUCCUCAGCUCUGUGGAAUGUUGACUUCCCAUUAACCGAUUGGCAAUGUUGCCUGGUGACAUCACUGUUCAUUUAUACAUUGGUUUCCAGGGCGGGAGUUAGCCAAUGCAACAGCUCGAUAUGACUGGCCAAUGGAAAAGGGAAUAGAAUCCAUAAAUGUUCCUGUCAAUCCGUGCCCUGGUGCCUGGUAUUAUAUGAUGACAUGGAUUUGUGUUAGUCGAACAGCACAGAACACAGUUACAAAGUGUGCUUGUUUUGAGAAAAUAACAACUCUUCCUCAAAUUCUAACAAUAAACUUUACUGUCCUACAUUCUGCCCCCUAAUGGAAUAUUGGAAUGCAAUGUGUAGUCAGUGUAUGCGCUCUCAAUCCCUCCGGAUUUUAAUUUGUGUAUUGAGCAAAUGUUAUGCGGUACAGAACGCUUAGGAUAAAACCUUAGAAUCAGUGUUUUAUGGAGACAAACAGAUAGCAUGAUAUCUGUUUAAUUUAAAUACAGUGUGGAUCAUUAGAUUUAGAUUUCUCUAUAAAACAUUUGGUACAUCUCAAUAUUACAUUUCUGUCCAUUUACACAAUAGAGUGAUCAAUAGUGAUCAAUCAGUACAAUAGAUGUGCAGAGUUAAAAUCCGGAUGACGUACAUGCAGAUAUUCAGAUUAUGCUCCUCUUCGCUUCUCUUUAUCUCUAUGUAGCACAAGCAUACAGUGACCCCUGACCUCUAAGUUCAAAGGCCAUGGCUACUCUUUGUCCAGGUGCUAUGUAAUACAUUUCUGGGCUUCCUGUAAUCUGGUUGCACUGUAUGGAAUGCAAACACAAUCCACUAAAUAUUUCCCACCCUUCUCCUGCCUGGCCUCCUGGAAGUAUUUGUAUUGCAUUGCAACACAACUGGAAAAUGACUCAUGGGUAUACAGUGCAAAGUUUGAUUGGAAUGUUUUGUAUAUUAGGAUUACAAACCAUUCUUAUUCCAUCCUACUCCCUGUGUCCUUCCAAAAGUGCAUUCUCUCUAGCUGACAUUGUCACAGGGGGAGAUCCAGGAUUCCAAGGCGAGGGAAAGGGCCCUCCAGUCCAGACAGCUCUAGACCCAGUAUCUCCCUGUCUGUCCCACUCUCACAGAGAGAUAACAAUCUCAAGGCUUCCAUUUAAAUAAACGUCUAUCGCGGAAACCAUAUUUCAAACCCCCAUUGCACUGAACACCCGCCUCCAAACCCCUGCCCAUAGACACAUACACACACACACACACAAACACACACACACACACACCACAUACAGAGGGUGUUUUACAGAGAGCUGCCCUCUCAGGAUACCCAGUGUGCAGCCCUUUCAAUUCCUCUGUGUUUACAGAUUCCCUGUGUAGUCGGUGCAGAUCCCCCUUGGAGAAUCACAUGGUGUAGCUUUUAGCCUGUGGAAACACACGGUUCCUCACCUGAGAGGAGCUGUUUACCAUCUCCAACUGCUAUGGAAAGAAUGACUUCUUCUUUCAUUUGUCACCUCCUCCAUUGGUGGAAAGUACCCGUCUGCCUUUCCCUCCAAGCCUCCAUUCAAUCUUUAAUGACUACGCCAGUAAAAAGUUGUAGCUAUGUUAAAACAGGGAGCAUGAGGUAAGGAGGUUAUUAUUUAUACAGUCUGAGUCCUACUGACUGAACCAGCUCCAGCUCAUACCACACCUGCACUACAUUCACCAAAACAAACACUGACAAAAUUCUUAGUGUCUGGAAUCUGGAAUGUGACUUUCAGUAAAAAUAGCAAGAAAGGGUGAUUCAUUUCAAUAAUUAGGAUUAGGAUACAUUUAAGUGCCUGUGAGAUGAAUAGGUUGACAAUGCACUCCAGCUUUUCAGCCAUUAGACGCUGUGUUCACAGUUCAUAGGAAAUCUAACUUGGCUGAAAUACGAGGUCAUUACUGUAUCUGGGAAUCGAGAUGCAAUAUGUUUUUCAUUUACCAUGCUGCCAUUUAUUCCAAAUAGCAGGAGACUAAAUAUGACAGAGGAAUCCUUCUUAUUCACUGUACAACACUGUUUCUAAUGCAUAUUUAAAGGAAUCACCCAUGUAAGCCACUUGUAUUCUCAACAUUACAGUGUAUCAGUAUCUGUCUGAUUUAUCUGCGUACUAGAGAGUUAACAGUUAGUAUGGAAAUGAUAUUCACAACAUGCUGGUCUGCAGAGGGCAACAGUAAAACCCCAGCCCUCUCAGGUCACUGUCUGACACUUGGCAUUGGUCCACAUCCCAUCUACAAGAUUGUGCUAGGUUAUUACAGUAAAUUAUUUCAGAUGGAGCAGCACCAGCAGUACACUGAGAUACAGAGUGGUGUAACUCAUUUCACAUUCUGAGGAUAUGAUUUGUUCUCAUGGGUAUCCAGGCUAGCAGUGGCAAACCCCAGCAUUCCAAAGCUGUUAAAGCUGUGGAAACACACACACAUACACAAAUGCAAGUACUGACACAGACACAUUCACACACACACAACACGCACACAUGCUCAAUCCUUCACUUAUCUUGCGGUAGUGAUUAAAACAUUCCAGAUUGAUAUGAAGUAAUUAACAAGCCCUCAUACAUCAAUAGAUUGUUGAUGUCUUGCUUCAUCAGUGCAUGAUUGUAGCUAUUAAUUAGAUUAUACUCCUUUUGUACUUUGUGAUAUGCUCAGUCAAGCUGCACCGAGUUUAAGUGUUGACAGGUGAGGGCAAUAGGCUGUUCAAAUAAAGAAGUGCAUCUUAUUUAAAUAUACGUACGGCUUGACUUUGAACAGUUUGCUUUGUGUUGGUUUACUGAUUAUCAUGUAAUUAUAUUUUAUGCAAAUUGAGCACAUCUCUAGUAUUGUUUGUUAUACCUGUCAUUUACUGAAUUUGUAAAUGUUAAAAUUGGACUCUCCUUUGUUCCCCUACUGACUACCCUGUGCCAUGCCUCUUCUCUCUCCUGCGCUACACACAGACACUUUUUACCUGUCACAAAUGCAUUUUUAUAUGGUAAAGAUGGACAUUUACUCCCCUCUAUUUGCACUACCGACCACCUAUUUGCCCCUCUGUCUACCCACAGACACUACCACAGCAUGGAUGAGUUCAGCCACUAUGACCUGCUGGAGGUCACCACAGGAAGGAAGGUGGCUGAGGGACACAAGGCCAGCUUCUGUCUGGAGGACACCACCUGUGACUUUGGUCACCUGAAGCGUUAUGCCUGCACAUCUCACACUCAGGUAGAUACACCAGCACAUCUCACACUCAGGUAGAUACACCAGCACAUCUCACACUCAGGUAGAUACACCAGCACAUCUCACACUCAGGUAGAUACACCAGCACAUCUCACACUCAGGUAGAUACACCAGCACAUCUCACACUCACGUAGAUACACCAGCACAUCUCACACUCAGGGCACUACAGAGGGUAGUGCGUACGGCCCAGUACAUCACUGGGGCAAAGCUUCCUGCCAUCCAGGACCUCUAUACCAGGCGGUGUCAGAGGAAGGCCCUCAAAAUUGUCAAAGACUCCAGCCACCCUAGUCAUAGACUGUUCUCGCUGCUACCGCACGGCAAGCGGUACCGGAGUGCCAAGUCUAGGUCCAAAAGACUUCUCAACAGCUUCUACCCCCAAGCCAUAAGACUCCUGAACAGCUAAUCAUGGCUACCCGGACUAUUUGCACUGCCCCCCCACCCCAUCCUUUUUACGCUGCUGCUACUCAGUUAAGUAUUUAUGCAUAGUCACUUUAACUCUACCCACAUGUACAUAUUACCUCAACUACCUCAACUAGCCGGUGCCCCCGCACAUUGACUCUGCAACGGUACCCCCCUGUAUAUAUAGCCUCCCUACUGUCACUUUAUUUUUCUUCUGCUCUUUUUUUUUUCUCAACACUUUUUUUUGUUGUUGUUUUAUUUUUACUUUUUUUGUUUAAAAUAAAUGCACUGUUGGUUAAGGGCUGUAAGUAAGCAUUUCACUGUAAUGUCUGCACCUGUUGUAUUCGGCGCAUGUGACCAAUAAAAUUUGAUUUGAUUUGAUUAGAUACACCAGCACAUCUCUCACUCAGGUAGAUACACCAGCACAUCUCUCACUCAGGUAGAUACACCAGCACAUCUCUCACUCAGGUAGAUACACCAACAUAUCUCUCACUCAGGUAGAUACACCAACACAUCUCUCACUCAGGUAGAUACACCAACACAUCUCUCACUCAGGUAGAUACACCAACACAUCUCUCACUCAGGUAGAUACACCAGCACAUCUCACACUCAGGUAGAUACACCAACACAUCUCUCACUCAGGUAGAUACACCAACACAUCUCUCACUCAGGUAGAUACACCAACACAUCUCUCACUCAGGUAGAUACACCAGCACAUCUCACACUCAGGUAGAUACACCAACACAUCUCUCACUCAGGUAGAUACACCAACACAUCUCACACUCAGGUACAUACACCAGCACAUCUCACACUCAGGUAGAUACACCAACACAUCUAUCACUCAGGUAGAUACACCAGCACAUCUCUCACUCAGGUAGAUACACCAACAGAUCUCUCACUCAGGUAGAUACACCAACAUAUCUCUCACUCAGGUAGAUUUGCCAAUACACUUGGCAUGGCAUCAUUCAUUUGUCUGAAGGCAAGUCGGUGUCUUGGUCUUGCACCAGGUACUGCAACAAUGUAUAAUCAUCUGAGAUUUCAGCUAGCAACCACAACAUGACUCUUGUUUAACAGUUCUUCCACCCCACUCAGUCGUUCUAUGAGUCAGAGAUGGUACAGGCACGUCUCUUUGGUGCUGAGCUAUAGGCAUAGUCUGUUGAUGUUCCACAUUAAUAACUCUCCUCUAUGUUCCUCCAGGGUCUGAGUCCGGGCUGCUACGAUACGUACAAUGCUGAUAUUGAUUGCCAGUGGAUUGAUAUAACAGACAUCCAACCUGGGAACUACAUACUAAAGGUAAGACUAAGAGCAGAGGAAAGUUCAGCUGUGUACUUGGUAAUCUUCCAGGAAGGCAACAUUCCAAAGGCAACAUUCCAUAGGAAAAGGUACGCCCGACCAGGUUAAUGGAACAAAUAGAUCUGAAAGUUUUACAUUUGGAAAGUUGUCUAAAGCUAUAAAACAGUAUGUUUCCUAGACUGUGGCUCAUACUGAUCUACUAGUUUUGACUGUCAUUCAGUCCCAUCGCUGUCUGCCUUUCUGUGUUCACUGAGGGAUGAAUGUGGUGCAUGUGGUGGACAAUAAUAUUUGUCAUGUGUAUAUACAGAAUAUAUGAUAUUAUAAAACCCUGCAACUCGUAAUAAGACUAAGCAAUUAGCCUAUUAAAAUGUUUAUCUGACUCGGUAAAGAUAAUCAAAAUAUACAAGCAAGCAUUAGGCAAUGAGUUAACGUUGUCUAGCAUGAAUUGGUCUGAGAAUUGUCUAUAUCAAAGGCAGAUAUUUAAUUAACAUUGUACAAUGAAUGGAUUCACCUACAAGGCAUAAAGCUUAAGUUACAAAGCAUUAACAAGCAUUACAAGGCAUUAUUCUAAGCAUAUAGAUCCUAAGGUUAACUUACAGGACAAAGCAUGAACAUGGAGAUGCUUACUAGUCCAGAGGCCUAGAAGCCUAAGAAAUGAGAAUUGAUCGUACAAACUUCCUCCAUGGACUGGAUACAGGAUAAGAUCAAAGGCAUUUCAUUCCAUUUAUAACAUCUGAAGGUGUAACCUUUCAACCCAAAACCAACCACCAUUGACCAAUCAAAUGAUACCAAGUUUACAGUAACCUAAACACUCCCAGGCCCAAUCUCCACAGGGUGUCACAGCAUGUAAAGGCUUGUGUGGGGGUUAAGAUCAAUGUAAAUAAGACAGAAUUCUGAGAGGACUAUAAAACCUUUUGCAUAUAGUAAUUCAGAGUUCACCCUAUUCAGAUACAAGUAACCAGAGAGAUCAUACAGACUGUACAUAUAGAUAGCAUCAGAGUUAUCCUCAGUGAACAAGUUUCAUAUAGAAACCAUACAUGGAUACUAUAAUAUUAUUCUAUCAAAUUCAAUAUUCAGUGCUCUGGAUACUGUAACAGAGAUAACAGAGAUACAACAAAGGACAAUACCCAAGGAAUAGUCAGCCCUUCCCCGUCAGCCCUUGGGCAUUGUCCUUUGUUCCUGGACCAUUUGCCAUGCAACUCCAGGUGUCAGAGAGUACAUCAAUUGGGUCGGACUCUAAAGCACACAUAUAUCUAUCUUGAUUCCUCAUCAAUUCCCCAUUGAUAUCAACAGAUGAUUUAAGCAGCACUUCAGAUGUUUUAUUCACACAUACAGUAUCUCAAGUCAAGAUUCUCCCUCCGAUCUCUGACCAGAAUUCCACUGAUAAAAGUACUGUGUGAGUUAUUGUUUUAUUCCUACCUGCCUAGCUGUAGUGGUAUCAUCUUGUGUCCUCCUCUGCCUCUCAGCUCCAGGUCAACCCUAAGUACCUUAUCUUGGAGUCCGACUUCACCAACAAUGUGGUGAGGUGUAAUAUCCACUACACAGGACGCUUCGUCACAGCAACCAACUGCAAGAUAUCU